CGCAGAAUGAGAAUCUCUUUCUUUGUCGCUUCUCUGCUUUUCGUGGCACCUGCCGCCUCGCUGCGGACCAAAGUCGAAAGACAAGAUGGUCCAGUAGAUCCCGGUACAGCGCCAGACUGCACUUACUUCGAUACUGCCCUCGAUAUCUCAUACACUUGCAACUUCUUCGAGAAAAGUUGGAGCAUAUCGCAUACUGAUUUCGUCGACUGGAACCCAAGCGUGAAAUCUGAUUGUAGCGGCCUCAAAAUUGGCAAUUCUUACUGCGUCGAGGUGAACUAUGGUCUACCUCGUCCCACUAGCAAAACAACGAGCUCCUCACCGAGCAAGACGCCAACGCCAACUGCCACCGGUUCACCAAAGCCAAGCCCAACGCAAAAAGGUCUAAUUAAUACCUGCACGAAGUUCUACAAAGCACUGAAAGAUGAUAACUGCAAUGCGAUCGUCGCGACUUAUGGAACGUUCACCUUGUCGGACUUCUUGGCGUGGAACCCGGCCGUCGGAAGCGACUGCGGCGGACUAUGGAUUGAUUAUUACUACUGCGUUGGAGUACCUGGUACACCAACCGCAAAGCCAACCUCCAAGCCUCCGAGCACGACUCCAACGAAAUCCGCCGGACCUUCGCCCACGCAAUCAGGCAUUGUAGCAAACUGCCAGAAAUACUACAAAGCCGUGAGUGGGGACAACUGCCAGAAGGUAGUGGACAAGUAUGGAACGUUUAGUCUUGCGGACUUUCUGAAGUGGAAUCCUGCCGUAGGCGCUGACUGCGGCGGGCUCUGGUUGGAUUAUUACUACUGUGUUGCUGUUCCAGGAACACCAACAGUUAAACCUUCGUCCACAAGCUUAAAGCCAACGCCUACAUGCAAUCCAACGGCACCGACACCUACCCAGCCGGGUGCGGUUUGCGGGUGCAAAAAAUGGCACAAAGUCGCUGAUGGGAAUACGUGCGAUGAGAUCAUCAAACAGUAUGGCAUUACUAAAGCGAAUUUCAAUCGAUGGAAUCCGAACGUAGGGAGCGAUUGUAAGACGUUGUGGUUAGGGUAUUAUGUUUGCGUGAGUGCAUAG